CCCCAUCACCCCAUCCCCUCCCUCUGUCUGCACACCCUGCCUGAUGGUCUGGUUCACAUUUAAAACCACAUGUUGCUGCAUGUGUGUGCAUGAGGAGCGAAUGAGAAGCUUUGCGCAGCAGCAGCUCGAGUGGGACGGGACAGGACAGAUAUGCCAGCCUUGCCUGUCUGCCACCAGUGUGCACAUGGCUGUAGACUGGAAGAUCUGAGCUCCAUACUUGAUCGUUCUGUCUUCUGCACACGCACACAUAUCCGGAAGAAGGCGGGGGUGCCAUCUCUGAACACCCAUGCCAUAUCCAGAUUGUUCUUGAGUCAUUGAAGCAAAAGAGGAAAGAAAGGGAUUUCUCCUACGACUGGAGGAAAAUUCAAAGCUCUCCCAGAUGAGUGUGGCUUGUUUUUUGACUUGAGAGGAAACUCCAUUUGGCUCGUGAGGAGUCUGCCCUCUCUGUAACAACUCUCCUCUUCUGAACAGUGGAACCAUCUGACUUGUCUGUGUAAAACAGAGUGACCUUGAGUGUGUGUGUGUGUGUGUGUGUGUGUGUGUGUGUGUGUAUGUGUAUCUCUCUCUUUCUUCCUCUGUGUGUGGCCUUGGAAAACUUAAAGAACAUCCCGCGUUCCGUUUAUAUGUGUAUAAGGACUGGCACUUUGUAGUAAGCUAUCUGUAGAUUGGACUCCAGAGACCAAGAGACAUACAACAUGCAGACUCUGCUUUCCAUUUGGCUUCACGUGCUGCUGCUUGCACAUGUCAGACUACUGCUGCUAGCGACGGAUGUCCUGGCUUCAAUCAGAGAUAUAAACCAGGAGAAGUGGGAGAAGGACAUCAGGUCAGCAGCAAGCCUGGAUGAGCUGCUCAUGUUGACUGACUUCCCAGACUGGAAGCUGUGGAGGUGUCGUCUAAAGCUGAAGCAUGUUGACUCGGCCUCCUUCCCAGAAAUCCGUUCGGCCUCACUCGGAUCGCACAGAUUCACACGCUUUGCUGCUAACUCCUACAGCCUGGAGGUACUCAAAGCCAUUGAUGAAGAGUGGCAGAAAACGCAGUGCAUGCCCCGGGAGACCUGUGUGGAUGUGGCUCAGGAGCUCAGCACUAGCAAUGACAUGUUCUUCAAACCUCCAUGCGUCUCAGUCUUCAGAUGUAGUGGCUGCUGCAACAAAGAAGGGGUCACGUGCCGCAACACUAGCACCACCUAUGUUGAUAAAAUACUUUUGAGUGUGGUUCCGUUUAAAUACGGUCCUGAGCCGAUGCUGAUCAAAGUAGCUAACCAUACAGAGUGCAAAUGCCAGGAACCGCAGAUGAUUCGCAGACAUGCUCUGACCCACAGGAAGAGCGGGUGUUUUCCAAUACGCCAGUCAGAAGACUCCAGACGACUGUGUGACCGAGGGCUCAUAUGGGACUGUAUGGAGGAUCGGUGUGUACCGUAUCCCUCUAGCAAACAAGCAGAAUUUCCUUCCAAAACCAAGGCACAGGAUUGUGAGAUUGAUGUUGAGAAAUGUGAAUGUAUUCCCAAAGAGGUGACAUCCACCCGGAAAUAUCCUUCAUGCCCCUGCUCAACCAGGAGGAGGCAAUUCAACCAUACGUCAUGCAGCUGCAAGAGAAAGUAAAUGCAUUCACUCAAAGCAGGCACGAAGCCUCGGACAACCUGCUUCUGCCGUAGCUGCGGUCGAAGAUGCACAAUAAUUUAUUUACAUCUUUAUUUAUAACACAGCUUUAUACACACGAGUGGAACAUUUAACCUCACUUUUCACACGUCUGUGUUAAAUCAGAGCAAUUCCAGUUACAAUAUAUAAAUAAUAUACUGGUUUUCUGAGCACUGAAUAUAUUGAAAUUGAUUGAAAUUGGUUCGUUCCAUGCAUGAGAAGCAAACUCUGGACUUGUGGUGCAGUAUAUGAUAUUUAAAAAUCAUUCAUUACACUAUUGACCUUUUCAGUACUGUAACCAGUGAGCAUUUUCAUAUCGAGUCGCACAAAAUGUGAUGCUUAUUUUGUAUAUUUAAUACAUUUAUGUAUUGAAUGCGAUUCAGAAAAUGUUAUUCAGUGUAAUUAAAGACCUAAAUGGAAUAUUGUAUUAUUAAAUGACCAUAGAAUACACAACAAUGUAUCACCCUAGCCCAAUGAAAUUAAAAUAUUUUUAUUGAUCUGUUUUUAAUGACGUAUUUAUGACUGAAAGAUUCGGGAGUUACGGACCGGCAUUUGUCGGUGACAGAUGUGUAGAGGUUUUAUGUUUAAUGUUGAUGUUUCUUGGUGGAUUUUUCAGAAUAAUAAAGAUCUUCAUGUACAUAUAUUUUACUGUUUCUGCUUACAUAGUUCACUCUGUAUUUUUAGCCCAACUUUUAAUUCAAUUAAUAAAGCUAGAAAAGUGA